CAUCAUAUCUCCUUUGCUGUGGUUCAUCGUCAUCGGCAGGAAUAAGGUUUCCUCAGACUAUUUGUGAGUCACAGUCAGAUAUUUAUCAGAGUACUUUCCUUGCUCUACCUGUGAUCUUACAGUAUCUCCACAGAUUUAGAAGCACAAGGAAUCUACAGGAUUAACAAGGGUCCUCUAAAGUCCAGGUACUAAGACAAUGGAAGAUCACGAUGUUAAGACAGCCAAUGGCUCCCAUUCCGAAGAGAGUUUUCAACAAGAUUCUGCAAAUUCCAGUAUUGAUGAAACUCCAGAGAUCCUAAGUAGCCCAGGACCAGACCAAGGAGGCGUGAAAACCACAGUGCUGAAGAAUAGUCCUGGGGCUGGAAUCAAAUUCAAUCGUCUGAAUCUUUAUGGUGGAUCUGAUGCGAAAGCUCCUGGAAGCCCUGGUCAUGAUAGUUUAGAAAAUCGCAAGUCUGCUCGCGUAAGUGUAGGGGCAAAUAUAGAGUCGGAUGAUGUCCUUUGCGAUACAUGCAUUGAAGACAAAAAGAAAGCUGUUAAGUCCUGUCUAGUCUGCCAGAUUUCCUUCUGUGAAGCCCACCUUAAACCCCAUUUGGAAGGAGCUGCUUUUCGGGACCACAAACUGCUGGAUCCCAUUAGGGACUUUGAAGCCAGAAAAUGCCCACUUCACAGCAAGACAAUGGAGCUGUUUUGUCAAUCAGACCAAACCUGCAUCUGCUACCUGUGUAUGUUCCAAGAACACAAGAACCACAAUACUGUGACGGUGGAGGCUGAGAAAUAUGUAAAAGAGGCAGAAUUGUCUGAAAUCCAGGACCAGCUUCACCUCCAGUUACUUGAUGUAGAUGAUGAGGUGGAGAGAUGGCACAAGGAGAAGGAUCGGAUUAGGAAUUUUACAGCCAACCAAAAGUCUGCUGUUGACCAUAGCUUCAAGGAUCUCAUCCGGGAGCUUCAGAAACAGCAGGAGGAAGUGAAGGCAUGUCUAGAGCAAAAGGAGAGAGCUGCUGUUGACCAAAUCGAGCAAAUUAUAGGCGACUUACAAGUAAAAAGAGACCAACUUCAAGACAAGCAGCACGAUGGAGAUAAGCUGUUACAUACCACAGAUGCUGUACUUUUCUUGCAAGAGUUCCAAAUGUGUAUUAGAAACGCCCCUCCAAUCCCCCCACUGCCUACUUAUACUGUGACACUGGAGGCAGAAAAGCUGACCCAAGCAAUGGGUGUCUUAAGAGAAGAGCUGCUUACAGCUGGCAAGAAGAACUUGGACAAAUACUUUAAAAUGGAAGCUAACCGGAAUUUGGUUGAAAAGAAUGUGGAGAACAGAUACAUGAUGAAAGACCAUGCGAGUGACUGGGCUCCGGCAAAUGACUCAUUUGGAAGGUUCGGCUCUCUAUUUAAUGUCAAAGGUUCUCGGCAGUCCUUCCAGCCCUCCCCUGUGCGCUCUCUAGCAGAUACUUCAGGCUUGAACAGCAUGUACGGAAACAAAGGAUCCUACAGGAUGUGGGACCAUUCUCCUAAUCAGACCAAUGAGGACACUUCCACCAUCUCAGCAUCGACCUUUAAUCAGAAAGCCACCAACCAAGGAGCUUCCUACCAGUUUUCAUCCAACAUGACAACCACAGAGACCAACGCUCAGCAAGACAACAACCUCUAUAACAUGAACGUUUAUCCAAUGAUGAAUAGACAUCAGCCAGCAAAAGCUCUGCCACAGACAUGGAAAUCAUCAAAGCAAAGUCUUCUGACCCAGCAACGCCCGUUCUAUGUGAAUAAAGGAAAUGCUUCAAACACUGAAUCCCCAUAAAUCCCCGAGACCAUGGAAGCCUAAGACGCCGUUCUUCAACUUACCAAAGCUAUUUGUUAGUAGGGAGAGGGUGGGGAGCUCUGCGUAAUUCUUCUUUCACUGCUGUUGCAGUGAAUGUGUUGUGACUAGAUUUGGCUGGGAGGGAACAAAAACAGGUUUUAUUCUUGCCAAGGGCAAUAAUCAUGAAUUGGAAUUCCUGGGUGGGUCAAGGCUUGGACGAAUCUGUAGCUCAGUAUCUCAACUUAACCCUUUAGCGCUGAUGUACAGUAGAAAGCAGGACAUCACAAGUUAAUGAUUAUAAUGGUGCCUGAACUCUAACAUUUACCAUUGUGAUCUUGUUUUUGAUACAUUUUUGUCGUUUUAACUACAUUCUUGUCUUUUUAUGCAUUUUACCAUUGCAGAGGUAUUUUUCUAAUAUGAUACUUAUUUCCUUGUUUGACCUCAACCAUCUAAAUGUAUGGAGGGAUUAUCCGACUUUUCCUAGCUCCUCUAUUCCACUUGUUUCCUCUCUAAAUAUACCUCUUACAUGCUGCACAGCACCCUCUCCAUUUAUCUGCUCUACCCAUUAAACAGCAAUGUAAACUCUGCAGGCAGCACAGGCACCAUUUUUCACAGUUUCCUUCUUGUGUAAUCUUCACAGCUACGAAGAUAUUCCCUUCUGCUUCUUCUCCUCCAGAUGCUUUGUGAAAUUCUAAAAAUCAAUUUUAGCUAAUGCAGGAUUUAUCUCGUGCAUCCUUGAAUGAAAUAAGCUUUGGUAUUUUGUCUCACUGCAUGCUCUCUGUUGCCUUUAGCUAUUAUACAGCAUGGAGUCAAUAGCAUUUUAUCCAGUCUGUUCUUGGAAUAUUUAAGACAAAUUAGAACUGGUCAGCAGAAAUGAUGAGAUUUUUUUUUUUUUUUUUGUAAUGUCACUUUGAAAAAUACCUGCAAACGGGCAACCUGUCUGUGCAGACAUUUACGCGAAAGGCUACAAUGUGCCCCAGGCCAUGCAAGAUGUUAUCAGAUAAAUGGCUAUUGUUUUUAAACCAUAUUAGCUCAUUAAAGCCUCCAUUCAUCAUCGUCCUUCAGGAAUAUCUUGGUAGACACCUGGAAAUGUUCACUUAAGGGUAGAUUAUCUAGAAUUUCACCUGAAACAGUAAGAAUAGGACUGAUAAAUUAGAUUCAUUCCUGCUCCCUGCUCCAACUUGCCUCCUGUCAAAGAAGUUAUCACUUGAUAUAUAGACAUGAACCAUCCUACUCAUAAAGGAAAAAAAUUGCCACCAGAGUAUGUAGACCUCCUCUCGAGUCACCGAAUUAUAUGUUACUUCAGUCCAACAUGUUUAGUGUUUGAUAACAGGUAAUGCCUACUCUAGGUUUUUCUAUUUCUAUGGAACUUUCCUUUCAGCUCAUCUGCUGAGCUUAACUCGUUAUACAUCCAUCAAAGCUAACAGAAAAAGUUGUAAAAUGGCUUCUGGACUUUCUUCUCUAGUACAAAACACCUGUAAGCGAGGCAAGGUACAAUAAUUCUUCCGGAAGGAACGCUAAACCUAGAAAUGAAUGCUAAAAGUAAACAAGAAAUCUAGUUAGCCUUACUAUUUCUCAGUCUGGAUCAUUUUUGAAGGACUCUGGGUCUUGUUGAAAAUCCUGUAGACUACGCAGGGGUUAAUCUCCUGAUGACCUGUUCCUUCCUUGGCUAGUGGACGGUUGAAGGGACGUGGCUUAAGAAAGACAGUGUGGCGUAAUGAUCUUUUUGUCCUAAUACAGACAAUGGGGAGGGGGAGGCUCCUGCUGCAGCCACUUGUCUUAUAACCAGACACCGGACAGUGAGGAGGAGCAAAGGGGACAUGACUGUACUUCUCGGACAGGGAAAAGUUUUUUAAAUCUUUCAAAUUUUUUAUUGAAAUAUGAGAAAAAAACAGGACAAAGGGAAGGAGUAGACAAAGUAAGAAGGUGCUGGGAUUUUUUUUUUUUUUUUGUGCAUUUUCUGUGUUUAGCGUUCCUUAACCACCUGUCUCUGGCAAAUAGUCAUAUAUUUUUCCUAUGAACAAUGAUAACAUGAGAAUGAAAGAAAUUGUAACAUUUUCAUGAUUUUUUUUUUCUAUUGUUUGAUGUAGUUUUAAAUUCUUAUCUGUUUAGUACUAGUUUUACUAACAAUGAAAUAUUAGAGAUUGAUAAGUCAUAUUCUAAUUAUGUUGGAACAUACUGUAAAUGCUGAUUUUCUCUCUAACAUUGCAUAACUACAUAGUAUGGUUGAAAAUAGACAUAUGUCCAUAAAAAUUAACCCAAGGAUUGGAGAGGUUUCUGUGCUAGAGGAUAUUGUUUUGUUGUCAUGUUUGACCUUAGGGUAACAUGAACAAUUUUUGGAUGGAAAGUGAAUUACGUUCUAAAGGGUGCUAAAAGUCAAAGAAAAGAAAGAACAUUGUAAUGUUGGACUUUAUUUCCAUUCUGUUCUAACGGCAAAGUAGAUUCUGAACUUGACUAUUUCUAAUAAUUACAUAAAAACACACACACACACAAUAAAAAAUGUUCAAGUGCAAGACAAUGUGUUCUGUCCUGCUCAAUCACGAUUCUCCUAACGGGGAUCUUAAGUUUAAACCACAUAGAAUUAAAAUAUAUGUAUAAGUACUUGUAGUAACCAGACUAGAACACGAUGAUAACUACAGUUUACAGCAAUAUAUAAACCUAAACACUAGUGAAAGGAAAUAACAAAACUAUGCAUCAUUUUGUAAUUGCAAAGUGAAAUAAUAUUUAAAGUCAAAACUCCAGGUUAAAAAAAAAAAUUUUUUUUUUUUAAAUGGACCUAUAUGUUACACAUAACAUACUUUUGCUCAUUAUUUGCCAGGUAGAUGUCAUGACCUCUCAGUGGAAACAACCUCUGCUGCACAGUUCUGAGGCAGCAUCAGAGGUUGUCCGAUCCCGACUGCUCUGCAACUGGUGGCUAUAGCUUAUGCUCCAGUCAGUGGUCUCCAGAUGCAGCCAAUAGCUACAGAGCAUUGACUGAAGGGGUCUGGAUCUGACAACCCCUGCUGCUGCCCCAUACCCAUAUAUUUAUAUCCACUCAUUUUAGUGGGAUGCUUGGCAUCUCUCUGGCAGAAGACAAGUAUUUGUUAUAUCCGUGGCUCCUUUUU